AAAUAUAUAGAUUCAGUGAUUUUUUAGGGGAACAUUGGGUUAUUUGGAGUAACGUUACAACAGGGUUUGAGAUUCAUCUUUAUUUCAUUGAUACAAUGGUUGCUUGAAUACAUGAUUAAUAGGUUCAUGUUUAGUACAAGAGUUUCUUUUUCUUCUGUUUGUAUAUUGUGUACCAGUGAUCAAUUAUAAUUUUACAAUUUGUAAUAAACAAAAGCAAUUAGAAUUAUAAAGAAUACAUGUCUCGUGAAGUUCACGAUCGUCAGAGUAUUAAAAACGGUUCCAAACAAUCCUUACAUGAAGAAGCUUUCGAGUAACUAGGUACUUCUGGAUAUCAAUUGAUCCUCAUACAAAUCAACAUGUAGGUACUUAAGUAGUAUUAAUAUAAAAAAAUGAUGUGGAUGAUGAAUUUAUAUGUUCAUUCAACCUUUAACUAACUUCAUCGUCCUUUACUAUGUUUCUAAAUGAUGUACAUCAUAAAAGACUACAAAGAACAUGUAUUUCAUGACCAUAGUUUAUGACCAUAACGUUCAUGAUCAUAAAUAUUAAAAACAAUUCGCACAAACGAGUGGCGGCCCUGAAUAUCGAUCGACCUUCAUGUCGAUCGACGGUUGCAUCGUAAACAAGACGUGGUGGAUACGUAGGUUGGAUCAAGAAGAGUUUGAAUCGAGAGAGUCACCGAGAGCAUCCUAGAAGAAGAGGACCGUCUUCUAUUUCGAGCUUGCGUCUCUGUGACGUCACGUGGCCGAAAAUAUCAUACGGUUAGGGAGGUGCAGUCGUGGCCCUGAUGUGUGGUCCAGGUCUCAAUCUUUCCCAGACUCCCAAAAAUUCUCAACCACUUCGCAGUUCGAUAAUUCCUGCCGAAUCCCACGAAGGGAGAUCCAGAGUGAACCUUGCAGAUCUGACGGGAGCGCGACUACACAAUCCGGAAGAUUUCCCGACUGUGAAAACGUCUCGAGAAAAGUGGGUCGUCUCCCACGUAAAACUGAUCAUCUCCCACCAAUUUCGUUUUCAUCGUCCAGGAAGUCCGUCAGUGGCGUAUCGUACACAUCCUCGAGAGGAUCCACGGCUCGCGAUCCCUGGAGGACCCGAAGUGUCAAGCGUGGAAUUCGAUAACAGUCGAGAACAAGAGGAAGAGAGAAGCUUGUGACAGGAACGAAGAAUGCCCGGUGCCGGUGGUCAACCACCGCAGAGGACCACCUUCAGGCCACCAUGGGUCAAGGAUGGUCCGAACCCUCUGCCUAUGCCCACUGCACCCUGGACCCUCAACUCUAGGAGGGACUCCAAAACCAAAGCCGAAGAACCGCCUGCUUUUACUCAAGUCACGCUGAAAAGUGUACCGAAAGCGGAACCGAAGCCAUCGACGGAAGGGCAACCCCGUAAACAGAGCAAGAUCACGAUAAUCCCGUCACAGCCUAAAAGUGAAAAGAAUGCGACCAGUCAACCAGCACCAACGAAGCUCCGCGAGAAUGGACGACAAGAGCCAAUUUCGAGGCCACAGCUCGAACGACAGGUUCGAAUCGAGAGGUCUCGAUCUCGGGGUGACACGAUACCUCUCUCCAAGAGCGAGAGCACCACAGGUGCACCAACGUUAUCAAAAAGCUCGUCAAGAGCAGCGAUUCCACCACCGCCACCACCGCGACCGCCUCCACCGCCUCCGGCUCGAACGAUCUUGAAGGACCUUCCGCCGCUCAGCCAAACACAACAACAAAAGUUGGAAAUGCUGAAGCAGCGACCGAGGAAACGUCCGGAUUGGGCGAGCAUGAUGAAGGAGGUCGAAAGCGGUAAACGUUUGAGACACGUGAAAUGCAACGACAGGAGUGCACCCCUGAUCGAGAGGGUGAACAAGGUUACAGCUGACCCAGCAGGGAAGGCACACUUUGUGUUCGAAUCCGAAAAGUCGAACAUGCAUAACCAACUGCUGAAGCAGAUUCAGCAGGGUGUACAGCUAAAGAGAGUGCAGACGAAUGACCGAUCGAAACCGAUGCUGGAAGGGCUGAGGAAAUUCCGAAGGCAAUUGACGAUAGAGGAGCAAAUGCAGAAGGCUGAGGAGCCCACCGAUGACUCGAUCUCGGACGAUAUGGACGAUAUCGAUGCGGUGAGGGACGAUUUGCAAAGUACCAAGCAAAUGCUUGCUCUGGAGCUUAGAAACAAGGAAGCGUUGGAAAGGGAGAACAAGAGACUACAAGCGAGGAUUUUAAAUCUGGAAGCUGAGGUGGAACGCGAGAGAUCCAAGAAGAGCGUGCAGGAACACAAGAAAUUCGAUGAGGCACUCACGACCUCGUUGAAACAGGAAAUCCAACAAGCCAGAAAGGACGCAGAGAAAUUCGAGAAGGAAUAUAUUAGCGUUGCGGAAGAGAGAGACAAAUUCAAGAACGAACUCGAGGAAAUGAAGAGAAUGUAUGCGAAUUUGGAGCGACGCAUGAAAGCCGAGCAAGAGCUUGAGCCUGUGCCAGUUAUAGAGCUAGCGGAUGAUUACGACGAAGCAGUAUGGUACACUGUUUCAGGAAUGGCACUGGCUGGUUGUCCAAGUGCAAAAGACGUAGCAAAAAUUGCUUCACAGAAAAGCAUAGACAAGAAAGAACCUAGUGAAAGCGAAGAGGAGGAAGAAGAAGAAGAGAGUUCGGAGGAGGAAGACGAAAAAGAUCCAAAGGCAUCAGAGAAACGGUUACAGAGAGAAAUUAAACUAUUAACUACAAAAAUAAAGACUUCCAAAGAUAAAGCGGUCAAUGCCAGAAAAGAACGACAUGCCUUGAAAGAUCAAAUUAAGCAGCAACAGAAAUUAUUGAAAGAGGAGAAAAAGAAAUUCAAGCACUUACAGAAAGAAGUUGAUAAAAUGGCAAAAUUGAUGUCGGAGGGUGAAGCUGAUACUGAAGAUGAAGAAGAAGAGGAGGAGGAAGAAACAGAGUCCGAAGAAGAGUCUGAGUCUGAGGAAUCAGAGGAGGACGAGGAAACUGAGACAGAAGAUGAAGAUGAUUCUUUGGAAGGACAAAGAAAUUCUUUACAGAAAAAAGCCAAAAAACGUGAAGGACGUUUAGCUGCAUUAAAGAAGGGUAACUAUUUACUUAAAGCGCAAGUUGAUAGACUGAAAGAUGAUUUAGCAAAGCAACGAGAAGAAAGCCUUACAUUACAAGAGGAUCUUGACUCUGUUUUAGCGGAAUUAGGUUAAGCUAAUGUAAAAAACAGUUUAAAUAUUAUUAUGGACAAUUGUAUACAUGCACAUAUAAGUAUUACAUAUGAAAAUAUAGAAAAUUUUAUGU